CCUAUUGUGUGAGUGAACCCUCCCAGAACUCGAUCUGUACAGAUCCCUAUGGUCAGAUCUCUCUGUUCGGCACUAGAUCACGGUUGGCAGCCCUUUGUGGCUCGAUCUGCCAUCUGCCAGGGCCACGUGACGAGGGGGCGGAGCCACCUACCUUUUCUACCCCCACCCCUUCAGCUCCCCCCGGGCCCGACACUGGCACCUACUGCAGCGCGCGCGAUUGGCAGGACGGUUAAAUCGGGGACGCUGUUUACUGCCGAUUGGCAGCGCUGCUGCCUGCUGUCUUUUUUUUGGUUUUAAGCAGCUCAUUUGCAUAACGACCGCUCACGUGACGUCGGGGCUUAGAAGUGGGCGGAGCGAUCGGCGUUGGAGUUUUGAAUGUCGGAGCUGGAAGGCACCGAGGGAGAAGGAAGACUUGCGGGAAGGCGGCUCUGUGUGUGCGUGCAGCGCGGUGGUGAACGCUUCGUCCUCCCGGUACCGCUCACUGUCCACCGCACACGUUGAACACAGAAAGUCUGACUGAGGUUUGAGAUGGAAACAGCAGAAGAACCUCAGAAGAAAGUCUUUAAAGCCCGCAAAACAAUGAAAGCUAGUGACCGACAACAGUUAGAAGCAUUACACAAAGCUAAAGAGGACCGGCUUAAACCUACAGAACAAAAGCUGGUGAAUGGGAUACAUGAAAAUGGUACUUCAGAUAUGAAUUAUAAUCACAAUGAUAAAGAACCCAUGGAGGGGACACAGAAUCUAAAUGGCAUUCUAGAGAUUACCCAUGAUUCUCAUGAGAUUCCUGUUGUGAAAUUGUCUGACCUAAGAGAAGAGUUAAAACAUGUUGACCAAACCAGUGACUUAAAGCUGACACUUGAUCUUGAACUUAAUGAAAGUACUGUAUCUCAGGAAGAUGGUAAAACAACUGGCCCUACUGAAACUCCUAUCGAAACGGGCACCACUGAAGAAGACCAGGGAGAAAAGGUUACUGAUGACAAUGUAGAGCAACUAGAUUCAAGUGAACGGUUUCUGGAGGAUAUCUCUUGUGAACCUGAAUCUUCAGAGGAACAAACCCAGUCUGACAUUCCCAAUGAGGUGGAAAGUUGCAGUACUUCAGAGGAGACUAAGUUGGAAGGUGAAAAUGCAGUGGAGGAACCCAUUGCCCAAGAAUUGGAAAAUGAAGAAGAAAUGGAUGUGGUUUCAGAGAAUCCUACAGCUAAAGCAGGGGAUGAAAUAGAAGAUGGUGAUCUUAUUAAAGAGCCCCUAGAUGCAAAUACUGAAGAGUCUGCUGAUAUUAUAGAAAAGGAUGAUAUAGCAAUAUUAAAGGAUGAUAUCGCAAUAGAAAAGGAUGAUAUCGCAAUUGAGGAGCCAGAAAAUCAAGCUAGCAAUGAAGAACUACACAGCGAAACACAGAACGAUGAGGAGACCGAGAACCCAACUGAAGAGCAAGAAAGUACAGAGCUUGUAAAUGAGCCUCGUGAUACAAACUCAUGUUCACCAGACAUGAACAUGGAAGAAAACUCCUCUCCUUCAGAAGAUAAAAAGGAAAUCUCAGAGUCUGAGGUACAGCAAAAUAAUAUUGGGGAUGAGGCUAUAUCAAGUAGCAUGGAGGUUGACCAGAAUGUGAAAAAUCUAGAGGAAAAAUCUUUAACUGAAGAAGCUCCUUGUGACAAAUCUGUUUCCAAUACACAGACUGGGUCUGGAUUAGAAAAUGUUGAAGAAAUGGAAACUGAUGAGAUUAUACCUAUUCUUGAAAAGCUUGCACCAGUGGAAGAUCUUCAGUGUUUCACUGAGGCUAAAACAGAUUUUGAAACUGUCCCCAAUGAAGAGGAGGAAAAAGCUGAAACGAGUGCAACUUCACCAACCAAGAAUGAUACCAGUGAGACUUUGCCAAGAGAAGCAUUUUUGGUACUUUCAGAUGAAGAAGAGCCCUGCGUUGAAACCACACCACCCAAAGAGUGUGUGUCAACUGAUCAAGAUGAAGUAAAAGAAGUUAUUGAAGAGCCAGAGGAAAAAGCUGAUGAUGAUCACAAAGAGCCAGAGGCUAAAGAUGAGCCACAAGCAGAGAAAAGUGAUCUUUCUCGCCGGAAACGUUCUAAAUCUGAAGAUUUGGACAGUCAGAGCUCAAAGAGGAGACGGUUUGAAGGUGAAGAGUAUGAGGCAGAACUAAAGGUUAAAAUUACUGCGGGUGAUGAUCUGAAUGAGAAGCUGCAGAAGGUGAUCCAGAAAAUGUUUGAAGAAAAGCUUAGUGCCUUGCAAUGUCUAGAUUUUGACAAAGAAAUAGCUGAACUGAAGUCAAGAGUGGAGAAGAUUGAAUGCAAGAAACAUGAGACUGCUCUGCAUUCCAUGCAGGCAAGAAUUACUCGUCUAACAAAACGCUUUGGGGCAGCGAAGGAGGACCUAAAGAAGAAACCUGAGCUGCCUGCCCCACCCGCCCCGGCCGCCCCACCCGCAUCACCUGCGAAGACUGCAGUUAACGAUUCUGCUCAAAAUGCUAAUAUGACAAAUUUCAGGAAUUCUGGCACAGUGAGGCAGAUGCUGGAAACAAAGAGAGUUGCAUCAGAAAUCGGUACAGCUAGCGUCCAGCCUUCACCUUCAACUCCAUCUUCUGCACCAAGCUCUGCUAAUUUAACACUUCGUGCAUCAAGCACCACACAGAUGUCCACAAACCAGUCUCCUGCCAGUAACACUCUCCAAAACCGUCCUCCACCUGACUGGAAAUUAAUUCAGCAAAAAAUUAAUGCUUCCACUAUUGGAGCCUCUCAGAAUACUAUGAGCAGUCAAUCCAAAUCUGUACCAACUGUUACUUCAACCUCGGUUAUGACUCCAGUCCUUCAAACUCCCGCUACUGCAACAGUUGUUGGAAACACCCAAGUGUCUACUAGCAACACCCAGCCAAUGUCUGUGUCCCUUCAGUCUCUGCCAGUCAUCCUUCAUGUUCCAGUUGCAGUAAAUUCUCAAUCGCAGAUUCUUCAAGGCGCAACAGGGACAUUGGUGACUAAUCAGCAAUCUGGCAAUGUUGAGUUUAUCCAAGUGCAAAAUCAGUCCACAGUCAAUAAUCUUACAAAAACACCAGUGUCAAUACCUGUAUCUAAAACUAUGAACAGUCCAUCGAUGGCCAACUCAGGCAUUCAGCGAAAUUCUAGUUCAAUAAACUCCCCAAUGACUGUGCAGGCUAUGCCGACAUCACAUUCAGUGACUUUGUCCUCAAGGCAAUCCCUGCCAAAUGUUGUCACUUCUAGUGUAUAUAAUCAAACAAGUAAUCGAAAUACAGCACAAUUGAAAUCUCCAAUAUCUUCAUUUAACAACUCGACAGCUACAACAGAGUUGCCUUCUGGAAGUAGAUCAGACCUACAGAUUAGCCGUGCAGAAACUGUUUCAAACAAGCGCAGCUCAACAGACGGCAGUGCAAUGGGUGGUAAACCUGCACCUGGUGUCAUUGAUCUUACACUGGAUGAAGAAGAAGCUGAAUCGUCCUCUCAUGAUUCAAGAAGGAACAAUUCAUCUCUACCUGCAAGUGUUCAGGCAUCACAACCUAUAGGUCGCCAACUACAGCCUUUGCAGACAAACACUGUACAGACCUCAUCUGUACCUGCUGGUCUUCCUUCUCAAACCACUAUACAUGUUUUACCAACAGCUCAGACAACUGUUAAUAUAACACAGCGGCCAGGAACUCAAACUACACCCAGAGCUCCAGCUCCUCGAGCAACAACCAACCAGCAUAUGGUCUACACUACAACUACCCUCCCCAAUGUAGCUGCACAGAGCCCUAUACGCAACACAGUCAUGCAAAACCAAAACAUUCGGCAAGUCACUCCUCAAACUAGCGGAGUAAAUGUAAGAAUGCCGCAAACUACUGCAUAUGUAGUAAAUAAUAAUGGGAUGUCUAUUAGUUCUAAUGGGCCACAGCUCACAGUUCAUCAUCGACCUCCCCAACAAGAACCUGCAAGGCCAAUCCACCCAGCACCACUUCCUGAAGCUCCUCAACCUCAACGCCUUCCUCCUGAAGCUUCCUCAACAUCUCCUCCUCAAAAACCUCACCUGAAAUUAGCCAGAGUACAAAGCCAAAAUGGAAUUGUUCUAUCCUGGAGUGUAUUAGAAGUCGAUCGUACUUGUGCCAUUGUAGAUAGCUAUCAUCUAUAUGCUUACCAUGAAGACCCAUCUGCAACCUCUUCAUCGCAGUGGAAAAAAAUCGGAGAAGUGAAAGCUCUACCUCUUCCUAUGGCAUGUACUCUUACACAGUUUGUUUCUGGCAGCAAAUACUAUUUUGCUGUACGGGCAAAGGACGUUUAUGGCCGCUUUGGACCUUUUUGUGAUCCACAGUCGACAGAUGUUAUUUCAACUCAGAGCAGUUAGGAAAUAGCGGAAAGAUUCUUUUCAAGUUUUCGAUUAGAAAAGAUCUCCUUCCUGAAAUUUAUUUUAGAUGGACUACUGGGUUUUCUUUUAUGGAGACCAUGUACAGCACUUGCCUAUUGUCACAAAAUUAGCUUGCAUUUCUGCCCAGAACUUUUGAAAUGUCUUUGCUAAGACAAAUCUUCUGCAGAAUGUGAAUUGGUUUUCCUGACUACACUAAUCCUGAAAGUUUUUCAUAUCAAUAGGCCCAAAAUCAAUAGGGGGACAGACUUGCAGCUAUUGUGAAAGCUGUGCAAAAUGAACUACUGACGGAGGAGACAAUAGUGGUGAUAUAAUUUUUCAAUAGAAUUGGAAUGACUUGCUUUGAUACUUGGAAAUUUGUAGCUCUUAUGACAAGUAUUACAAAGGAAAUCCAGUGUUUUGUGGUUUAUUCAUACACAAAGACAAAACUUGUAUUUAAUCCCCACUGGCUGGGGACAUGACGCCGAACAAUUGCUUGUGACACAUUAUAUGGAUUAACAAGCUAAUGUCUUUUCUUGUUUGUUUUUUCCUUUUUUAGACCUUCCUGUGAAUUUUCUUUUUCUUUUGUGCCUUAACUUGAAAAGGAGCUGUUUUUUUUCAGUACAGUAUUUGGUCAUUUCGUUACCUUUCCUUGGUCUAUUACAUUCGCCCAUACCCCAAUGCCAAAGAGCAGUUGUUUUAAUCCUCAAAAUGUUUUAAAUUUUCUUUUCUUUCGAGUGUCUAUUUUCUGCUGCUUUUUUUCACUUUUUUUUUUUUUCUUAUUUCUAUUCCUCUAAAUAAAACAAAUUAGUUCAGGAACUGUGCAGGCUGUUCUGUCUUGCACACACCUUCACAAUCUACGGUUUACAUUAUUACUGUGUUUCAGUAUGUUUUUAAGAAUAAAUGGAACAUUCAGUUGUAUUGGUUGCCGCACAUCUUCCAAUUCUGCAACUUGUUUGUGCCUCCUUAAAUGAAUCGGAACAUUUUAUUAUAUUUGGAUAAAUUGCAUGAAUUUGCUUCAUAUGUACAGUGUAUUCUCGCAUUUUUUUUGCGAGGAUAGGUAUUUUUGUAUUGGUAAUAGAUUUUUUCCAGCUGCAAAAUCUUUACUCAGAAUUUCAACAUAGGAAUUAGUUUUGUUAGUUCCGGAAACUCAGAUGGUGUCUUUAUGUGCAAUGCAAAUCCCAUUAUGUAUUUCUAAAAUUGUGCUUUUAUCAGUUUGAACAAGUAAAAAUGGUUAUUUCAAACUGCAGUCACAAAGACUGGGCUUGUUCACUGGUACCAAGAAACUACAGAGAAAGUACAUUAAGAUUUCUGCAGCUGGUAAAUUCUUCCAUUGAAUUCUAAACCUCACACUCCAACUCUCAAUGUAAUAAGUUCUAGUUCUAAGCAGGUAAGCACUGGUUAUCAGGUUGUAAUACUCUGCUUGCAAGAGAUAUUGUUACGUUGUAUGUAAAUAAAUAUUUUUACAAAUGUCAA